UGGAGGAGGGCGUGCGGAGCCUAGUGUCGAGGGGCUGUGGGAGGCGGGGUCCUGUCCCAGGUCUCGCGGAGGAGGGCUGGAGGUGGCGGGCUCUGGCGAGGUCGCGAUGAAGCCGAGCCUCGAGGACGAGACGGUGGCCGCGGGGGGCCCCUGGGAGGAGUGCUUCGAGGCGGCGGUGCAGCUGGCGCUGCGGGCGGGACAGAUCAUCAGAAAGGCACUUACUGAGGACAAGCAUGUCUCAACAAAAACAUCCGCUGCAGAUCUUGUCACAGAAACAGAUCACCUCGUGGAAGAUUUAAUUAUUUCUGAAUUGCAAAAGCGGUUUCCUUCACAUAGGUUCAUUGCAGAAGAAGCCACGGCCUCGGGGGCCAAGUGUGUGCUCACCUCCAGCCCAACCUGGAUCAUUGAUCCCAUCGAUGGAACCUGCAACUUUGUGCACAGAUUCCCUACUGUGGCAGUUAGCAUUGGAUUUGCUGUUCACCAAGAGCUGGAAUUUGGAGUGAUUCACCACUGCACAGAAGAGCGACUAUACACAGGCCGGAGGGGUCAGGGUGCCUUCUGCAACGGCCAGCGGCUUCAGGUCUCCAGGGAAACAGAUCUCUCAAAGGCCUUGGUUCUGACAGAAAUUGGGUCCAAACGUGACCCGGCUACUCUGAGACUGUUCCUGAGCAACAUGGAGCGACUGCUCCACGCCAAGGCUCACGGGGUCCGAGUGAUUGGAAGCUCUACCUUGGCGCUCUGCCAUCUAGCUUCAGGGGCUGCCGAUGCCUACUACCAGUUUGGACUGCACUGCUGGGACCUGGCCGCUGCCACAGUCAUCAUCAGGGAAGCAGGAGGCAUCGUGAUGGACACCUCAGGUGGACCCCUGGACCUCAUGUCUUGCAGAGUGGUUGCUGCCGGUACCCGAGAGUUGGCAAUGCUCAUAGCUCAGGCCUUACAGACUAUUAACUAUGGGCGGGAUGACGAGAAGUGAUCAAGUGCCAACACAGCAGUGAGGUCCCAAGGAUGCAAAGGCUUUUCUGGGAGGCUGCACUUGGUAGCAGUUCCCUGGGGAGGAACCGCCCCAGUGGCCAGUGCUCUGAGACAGGUGUCUCACUACCCCAAAGGGAGAUGUGCUGAAGUGUAGCUCACUUUCUAAAUCUCGUUUCUUUCACUGGGACUUGGUGCUUAACUGGUUUCUGUCUCUAAUCUCAUGUAGGCUUUUUCAGGUUAGGACAUGUCCUUCUGUCAGGGACAAACCCAAAUCUUACGAGAUGCACAUUAGUAAUCCAGUCUUGAUUUUUUUUUUCCAGAGUGUAUAUCUCAGGUACUAAGACUUAGAACUGCUGGUCAAGUGGACUUGCUGUCAGGGCCUCUUCUGCCUGUGGUGCCACAGAAUGCAAUAAAUGAGAAUUACAGCACUCUGCUCAUCGGUUCCCACAGUG